UUGAGUAGAUGAACUCACAGAGACUGCUUUGUGGGUUUUUUUGUGGCAUGAAGAGACUGCUUCUGGAAGAUGCUGGAAGCAGAUUUUGUAGAUUCCUAAUAUUGGUAAGUUUCUGUGAAAUUCCCCAGCUGAGUGGGGAGCACUCACAUGCCUUCCACAGCCAGGCUGAGCUGAAACAGGGUUUCAGCCACUCAUUUGCAGCACAUCUUGGAUAUGUACUGUGAAAUGACUAAAAUACCAAGGAAAUUGCUAGCUCUGUGGUCCUUAACACGCAGAAAUUUAUGAGUUUAGAAAGCUGAUGCUUUAACUAGGAGGGGCUGCCCUGGGGACUGCAACAGUGUUGCAGUGAGGGAAAGUAGAGGAAGGAGGAAAAUAGAUGAGUGGGUGGGACUUUCCUUGAGAUGUGGGUGAAGAAAAGGCAGUGAAAGUCUGGCUGUUUCUGCAGUGCAAUGAAAAAUCUCUGCACAGGUUUACUGGUUGAUUUUCAUGGGUGUUAGAAAGGUUGGUAGAAGUGUGUAAAGGCAGUCAAAUCUAUAGGAUUAUUGGCAUGGAGGGAAAUAAGAGCCGUCUGAAGAGGAAGGCAGAGGAGAGGGGACUAAGGAAGAAGUGACAGCUGAGGUGGUGGCAUGGCAGGGGAGAGGAGCACAUUACAUCCCCAGAAGAGGUGACUAUCUUAACAGACAGCUGCCUUGGUGAGCCUGGCUCUGUUCUUUUCAUUCUCACUCCUUUAUGUAAUCUGUGCUCUGAAUGAGCAGAGACUGAUUGUGUAGGCUCUGUGGUGUUUCUUCUGGCAUGUGUCCUGGUUUUUGUGGGCUGCGUCAAUCCUUGCUGUUAAGUUUUAAUUUUUUUUUAUCUCAAGCCUGACAGUAAACUGUAAUUUAGUGGAUAGUGCUGCUGAAGCUGAAGUCCCUUAUGAGGAUCUCAAUUUCCUGAAUACCUAACACAGCAGUACCAAACCCAAAAUCUAAUUUGCUGUGUUGUUCAAGAAUUCUGAAUUUUUUUCUUUUAUUUUGAGGCUUGACUACAAAUAGCCCUUUAAAUCUGGGCAAAAUUGGUUUGAGAAUAGUAUAUAGUAUUUUGUUGGGUAUGAAGAUUUGAAGGGCUACCUGAUUAUAGAAUGGUUGGGCUUGGAAGGGACCUUAAAGAUCAUUUAACUCCAACUCCCUGACGUGGGCAGGGAUGCCUUCUGCUAGACCAGGUUGUUCAAAGCCCCAUGCAGCUUUGUUGUGAACAUCUCCAAGGAUGGGGCAGCCACAACUUCUCUGGGCAGCCUGAUCUGGUUCCUCACUACUCAUAUUGAAGAACUUCUUCCUUAUAUCUAAUCAAAACCUACCCUCUUUUGGUUUGAAGUCUUUCCCCUUGUCCUAUCACUAUAUGCCUUUGCAAAAAGUCCCUCUGAUCUUGUGGUACAGUGGUCAAUUCUUCAUUCUCUCAGUCCCUGCAUUUGUUGUCCGUGACUUGGUUGGUGUGGCUGGAGCAGUCGCUGGUGAAGACUGAGGGGAAAAAGUUGUUGAGUACCUCAGCCUUCUCAUUGUCCUGGGUAAGUAGGUCUCCUGUUUCUUUCUGGAGAGGGUACAUGUUUUCCCUAGUCUUUAUUUAUCACCAAUGUACCUUUAGAAAGUUUUCAUGGUGCCCUUGAUAUCUCUGGCAAGGUUUAGUUCUAUCAGGGCUUUAGCUUUGCUUACAUGAUCUUUGGCUGUUGAGACAAUCUCUCUAUAUUCCUCCUAGGCUAUCAGUUCUUGCUUCCAUCCUUAAUACUCCUUUAUGAGCAUCAUGCAGGUUCUUAGCUGCUCCAUGAAACCUCUGGAGGCAAGGAUGUGUUUUGUUCCAUCUUGAACAUGCUAGUUUCAGGGGUCCUAUAAUGAAAUGAGGUUGUGACAGAUAGAGGUUGAGGAUAUGGUGAAGCUUUGCACCUCAUCAGCAGUGGUACUUUUAUAGCAUCUCUCAUGGAUUUGAUGUCUAGUGAUGCUCUUGCAUUUUGCACCUCUUAUGUGUUUCUGGUUGCUAGAUUUAUCCAAAAUGUAGACAUCUAACAUUUCUCUCUCUUUUUUUUGUUUUGCUUUUCCAGGAAAGCUAGCAAACUGCAGGUUAAAGGAAACAGCACAGCAGGCCAACCCUUUUCCCACAAAGAGGAAGAAACUGCGGUGCUCAAGUCUUUAUUUUACAGCAGUGAUUCUGUGAUGCAAGUUCAAAGAGUUACUCUUUCUGUGAUCAUCUUCGCAAUGGCCUCUUCUUGCUGAUGUUUGUCCCAGAUCUGGGAUCAAAGUGGAAGGAUGCUGAAGAAUGGGUACCCACUUUUUGGCUUUUAGGACAUGGGCACUUGUGUAAAGGUGGGAUCACAGUAUCUGUUGUAGCUUUCUUCUUCACCAUUAAGUUCCUCUUUGAGCUUGCCGCACGCAUAGUCAGCUUCCUUCAGCAUGAGGACCGGGAGCGCCGAGGGGAGCGGACUAUUUAUGACUACGUGCGGGGCAACUACCUGGACCCCCGGUCCUGCAAGAUCUCCUGGGAUUGGAAGGAUCCCUAUGAGGUGGGCCAUAGCAUGGCCUUCCGAGUGCAUUUGUUCUAUAAAAAUGGGCAACCCUUCCCUGCUCACCGGCCUGUGGGGCUGCGAGUUCACAUCUGCCACGUGGAGCUAGCAAUUGACAUUCCUGUGACCCAGGAAGUUCUUCAAGAGCCCAAUUCAAAUGUGGUGAAAGUGGCUUUCACUGUGCGCAGGGCUGGGAGAUACGAAAUCACCGUAAAACUCGGUGGCUUGAAUGUGGCUUACAGCCCCUACUACAAGGUUUUCCAGCCAGGAAUGGUGGUUCCCUCCAAAACCAAAAUUGUCUGCCAUUUCUCCACUCUGGUGCUGACCUGUGGGCAGCAGCACACUCUGCAGAUAGCUCCCAGAGAUGAGUAUGAUAAUCCCACCAGCAAUUCUGUGUCCCUGCUAGAUGAGCACAAUUACAGCCUCUCCAUCCACGAGUUGGGUCCUCAAGAAGAAGCGAGCUCUGAUGUGGUGUUUGAGAAGUCUGUGGUGUCCAAUCGGCAGACUUGUGAGGUGUUCUUUCGACUCACCUUGCACUCUCGGGGGUGCUUCCAUGCCUGCAUCUCCUACCAGAACCAGCCCAUAAGCAAUGGUGAUUUUGACAUCAUUGUUCUAAGUGAGAACGAAAAGAACAUUGUAGAGCGCAAUGUGUCCACCUCAGGUGUCAGUAUUUAUUUUGAAGCUUACCUUUACGAUGCUCCUAGUUACACCAACACUCAGUGGCAACUUCCACCUGUGCACCUGAGCUCCUCCCAGCGCCGUCCUUCUACUGCUAUUGAGGAUGAAGAUGAAGAUUCUCCUUCUGACAGCCAGACCCCAGAGAAAGUGAAGAAGCCUAAAAAAGUGUACUGCUAUGUGUCACCUAAGCAAUUCUCGGUGAAAGAAUUUUACCUGAAGAUCAUUCCAUGGCGCCUUUUCACCUUUAGAGUGUGUCCUGGCACAAAGUUUUCAUACCUUGGUCCUGAUCCUGUGCACAAAUUACUGACACUGGUGGUGGAUGAUGGGAUCCAACCCCCUGUGGAGCUCAGCUGCAAGGAGAGGAACAUCUUGGCAGCCACUUUCAUUCGCUCUCUGCAUAAAAACAUAGGAGGCUCUGAAACCUUCCAAGACAAAGUGAACUUCUUCCAGCGAGAGCUGCGUCAGGUGCAUAUGAAAAGACCUCAUUCGAAGGUCACGCUGAAGGUCAGCCGCCACUGUCUGCUGGAGUCGUCUUUUAAAGCAACACGAAAUUUUUCUGUUUCUGACUGGAGCAAAAACUUUGAAGUGAUUUUUCAGGAUGAAGAAGCUCUGGACUGGGGAGGUCCACGCAGAGAGUGGUUUGAGCUCAUUUGUAAGGCAUUAUUUGAUACCACCAAUCAACUGUUUACCCGCUUUAGUGAUAACAACCAGGCCUUGGUGCAUCCAAACCCAGGGCGUCCCACGUAUUUGCGACUCAAAGUGUAUGAAUUUGCAGGCCGCCUGGUAGGGAAGUGUCUGUAUGAAUCAUCUCUGGGAGGUGCUUACAAACAACUGGUCCGAGCUCGCUUCACUCGAUCCUUCCUGGCUCAGAUCAUAGGACUCCGUAUGCACUACAAGUAUUUUGAAACGGAUGACCCAGAAUUUUAUAAAUCCAAAGUGUGCUUCAUACUGAACAAUGAUGUGAGUGAGAUGGAUCUGGUCUUUGCUGAAGAGAAGUAUAGCAAAACAGGACAGCUGGAGAAGGUGGUGGAGCUGGUGGCAGGAGGAGCUCAAGUGCCAGUGACCAAUGAAAACAAAAUCUUGUACCUAAAUCUGCUUGCACAGUACAGGCUGGCAAAUCAGGUUAGAGAGGAGGUGGAUCACUUCCUGAAAGGUCUUAAUGAAUUAGUUCCCGAGAACCUCCUGGCUAUUUUUGAUGAGAAUGAGCUUGAGCUGCUUAUGUGUGGUACUGGAGAUAUCAGUGUCUGUGACUUCAAGGCACAUGCUGUAGUGGUAGGAGGAUCUUGGCACUUCCGUGAGAAGGUCAUGAGGUGGUUUUGGACUGUGGUCUCCAGUUUCACACAGGAAGAGCUGGCCAGGCUUUUGCAGUUCACUACUGGCUCCUCUCAGCUACCCCCAGGAGGGUUUGCUGCGCUCUGUCCAUCUUUCCAGAUCAUUGCAGCUCCAACUCACAGUACUUUGCCGACAGCCCACACUUGUUUUAACCAGCUGUGCCUCCCUACUUAUGACUCCUAUGAAGAAGUGCACAAGAUGCUGCAGCUAGCUAUCAGCGAGGGUUGUGAGGGAUUUGGCAUGCUGUGAUUUUUCCCUUCCCAGGAGACCAUUUAGCCUCUCAGCUCUUUGUGGCAAGACCCAGGUUCAAUCCUCUUCUUGUUCUCCUUCCCUUCACUUGGCAGUGGAGGCAGAACAAAGACUCUGUGUAAAGGAAUUUGUCAUCCAGAAGAUGUCAUGUGGCCUUUUUGUGUCCCAGAUAUGUCAUCAAGAGCUCAUCUUUUCCCUUUUCCUCGUUCUCCCUUUGAUUCAAUGUGAAAAAGCAAAAGGACUGGUGCAUUUGUAAAGGAGAUACUGCUGAGCUGCCUUUACUGUAGCUCUAGGAGGAAGAGGGAAGAUCAGUGUGGAGCUCUGCUGAAAGCCUUGGCUCAUAGGAAGUCUUAGUAACUUCCUUUACCUUGGCUCAACUCUCCCGGUGAUGCUCCCUGAUAUCUCUCUAUAACUCGUGAGGAGAAUAGAGUUGUCCAUCCUUUCAGCACCUGACCCAGAAGGGUUUCUGGUUCUCCUUCUCCAUCUUGCUCUGGAUGCUGUUGUUGCCUAUGCCACAGAGAAAAAAGGGCGGUAUCCACUGGAGGGAGUAACCCAAAGAGGAAAACAAUCUAAUUGGAGCACAAGUGCUGGCCCUGACAGUGAUCCUGUACUACCUCCACCAGGGUCCAGCAGCAGAAGCGCCCUUCUCCAGCAGUGGCUGGUAAUUAGCCUCUGCAAACGAACUGGAAGAGGAGUUUCUCCUCCAUUGAAUGUUUCUGACAGUUGAUGUUGCACAGGAAGCUAUUCCAUGCCCUUGCCUUCUUUUCCCUUCCUCAGGAGAGAGAGCAUGGGCAUGAGUAUGAUCCCUCAAUGCUGAGCACCAAUGCCUAUCCCGCAUUCACCUUCAGGAUAUGUAUGUUAUAUGGUAACAGUGACAGAUCAAUAAGCAGCUACAGUGUGCACUGUGCUUGCAUUUGUUGUUGGGAUGAUGGUACUGGGCAAAGUAUGGUACCUCCACCCCAGCAUCCCACAGGAUCUUGGCUUCUACCUCUAUCAUGCAGCAGCCUGAGGCUUCUCUUUCUCUACUGCAUUUCAGGCAGAGUGUCCAGGGAGUUGCUGGUGCCUGGACAGCAGCUAGAUUUCUGCCCUUCCAACUUUCUUAUCUUUCUUUGUCUUUCCUUUCCACAUGUUCCAUUCAGUGCUGUUAGCUUUCCAGCACAAAGUGUUAACUAAAAUUUCACUUAAGUGGUCACUCAACAGCUUGCACCCACCAUUGUCUGGCUUGUGGGAAAAGGAGUGGAUAGACCAGAAUGAGAAGCACAGGGUUCUGUUGUAGCUGAAAAUCCUUUCAGCCCUUCCCAGGGAAGUAAAGGGAAGGGGAAUCUGGGAAUCUUGGUGAAUUCUUCAGUGAAGCAAAAUUCAAGAUCUUUGCUUCCUACAGUCUACAAGUAAGUCAAAGGCAUGCAGGAGUCAAAAUGGGUGAAAUGCAUUGCUGCUACCUGCAAUGUAAGCUUUCACUGGAUUAUGGAAUUGCUGGAUUUCUUCCAGAAUGGAUUCUCAGACUGGCAUCCCUGAGCUAAUUUUAGAACACUGUAUUGGAUAAAAUGUCACAUCAUCCUCUUCAGUUCCCUCCUGCUGUCCUCAGGCUGAUCUGGUCAGACUUGAGCGCAGUAUGGAUAUUUUAAGUUACCUGUGUGUGCUUUUCAAAUAUAGUUUAGUUGAAUUGACUGGGAAUCUGUGGGAAAUAUUCUACAUCUAUAAAAUGUUUUUAAGGCAGCAUCUUAGUCAUUCUUGGGCUGAGUGUGUUACUUCUGAACAGAAAAAAAUAAGCCAUUUUGGUGCCAAAAAGCAGUCAGCUGAACAUUGAGACUACUCAGGGGGAUUUCUUUGCCUUGUGAAUUCAUUCCCUCACUGGCACCAAGGUGCUGUGAGGCUGCCAGCUUGAUAGUUGCCACUGUUGAGCUCUGACAGACCACAUUAGUUGUGGCUGUUCUCCCUUUUCUAGUGCAGGCUGCAUUCUGCAAGGUUCUGACCUUCUUUGGGUGGAUAGUAUGGUACCAUUUUAUUUAUAUUGCAGGUGGCUUCCAUGGUCAGUAGAGUUACAGCUCCUGUGUUCACCAUGCCACUGUGUCAGUGCUUUCUCCAGGGGCUGAGAGGAGGUGGUGGUGCUCAGCUUUACUCCAGUUUGCUGGGAGGCAUAGCUUGGUGAUUUUUCCAUAUUGUAGCUUCACCUGGUUGAGGAUGUUUUCAGUCCUGUAGCUGUGGGUCAGCUCUGGCAAUGACAUCUCCCUCAGGAAUCUUCUCCCUUCUUCUCUUGAGCUGGCCUUUUUUUAUUCUGAGGAUGAAGUAGCUGACCACUGAGUGGACUUUUACUGGAAGGAGUUCCUAAAUGCUUCUCAUUUCAUUGCAGGCAGCACCCAACCCUUCCCAGCAGCUGUGAAAAUGCCAAGGACUUCCUUCUUAACACAAGUGCAGUCAGAGCUGGGGUGGGUACUCUGAGUCAACUAAACCCCUUCCCUCUGUUUGCACAGGCCCCUAGACUGCCCCCAUGUUCCUGAGUUCCACCACGAUAUUUCUAAACUUCUCUUGCUUUACAGCCUUUCCCAGUACAGUCACUUUUAAUGCUGCCCUUAGUGCUGGCAGUGGGGAUGUGCUUUGGUCACCCAUGCUGUAUGUUACUUCUGGCAGAGGCUCAUUACUUUCCUUUUUUACUCCUUAUUUAUUGCCACUUAAUAGAGACUCUUCUGUAGAAAUCCUUAGGAUCCUGAUACCAUCUUAGACAGGUUUCCAUGUUUCCUGAAGCUGCAUUGAGGUGCAGGGGGCCUAGCUUCAGCCUGCACCUGCAGGCCAUAUUGCAUGUUUAUAGAAACCAGGAGCUGUGGACGAUACAGGUCAAAUCCUCCUUCCCUCUGAUGAAUUUCUGGCAGAGUACAGCCAAAAUUUGGAAGCCUAUGGUUGUAGU